CUAAGGUUUCCAAAAGUCCUACUGCCAAAUUAAGAACUAUAGAACAACAAUUAAUAUUAAUUACCAGAUUGAAGUACUGUGUUGCUACUUGCAAUGGCCGAAUCGAAGCCUGUUGUUUCCAAGGUGGAGUUGCCUUUGAAGAAAGGUGUGAUCAGAAUAGAAGUUGGUGAAACAAGCCAAUUAGGCCACGACCAACUUGUCAUUUCCGUUGAUCAGGAGGCACAGACGCAGAGCGGUUUAAGCAGAGAGGAAGGGUUUAAAAUGUUUAAGGAGGAGAAUGAAGACCGAAAAUCCGAAACACCAAAAAUACAGAAGGUUAUAUUCUUGCUCCGUGAUCACAAAGAUUUCGUCAAGUACUAUGAGCCAAGAGUGGUAUCAUUGGGUCCUAUCCAUCAUGGAAAGGAAAAGUACCACCUUGCAGAGAAGUUCAAGCUUAAACUGGCAAAAGAAUUUGUCAAAAGUAGCGGCAGGACUAUUGAAGAAAUAUGCGAUGCUAUUGAUGGGAAAAUUGAGGAACUCAGGAAGUGCUUCGAGGAGAAGUAUAACGAUGUUGACCUCGUCUGGAUAUUGGCCGUCGACGGUUGCGCAAUCCUUCAAUACAUUUACCUGGCUAUUAAAGAAAAGUUCAAAGAUUUGGGUAUAAAAAACGACAGUGUGGCCUUUUGUCAACAGGAUUUGUUCUUGCUGGAGAAUCAAGUUCCGUAUGAUCUCCUCGAGUUGUUGAUGAGCUUUAGCAAUGUGGGAAACGAGUUGAGGAAUUCGGUUGAAGAAUUCAUUAAAAGAAACCAUGACGACAUGGUACCAACGGACAAAAGUUGGGAUCCGCAAUCUGUGAAGCAACCAGAAAACGGAAAAAGAAAACCGACCCAUCUUCUCGACCUUCUGAGGUCAAGUCUCUUGGGCCCAGACGUAACGACAACCCAAUCAUCAAAUGGUACAGAAAGGAACCGAAAAAAGAGCCCCGAGUUGCAAUCGUAUCGCAACGUGCAGGAGCUUAAAGCAGCAGGAAUUCAUGUGGAGCGAAGUAAAAAUAAUUCCUUGAGAGACAUAUAUUUUAAUAGAAAACUCAACUUCUUUGGAUUCCUCACGCUUCCUCCACUAAUAGUGGAUGACUCAACGGGGCCGAAGUUAUUGAACUUAAUAGCCUACGAAAUGUGUCUGGAUUUCGACAAUGACUUCGGCAUCACCACUUACGUAUCUUUCCUCGAUUCACUCAUCGAUGAAGCUAACGACGUCAAGGAACUAAGGAAAGCACACGUUCUCUUUAACCUCCUCGGCAGCGACGAAGAAGUGGCUCAGCUCUUCAAUGAGAUAGGCACUGAUUUGGUGCCUGACCUCCGUGAGUAUAAGGAAGUCAGGAAUCAGAUUCAGAAGUACUACGACAACACUUUGAUGGCAUGGAUGGCUGAAGUCUUUCACAAUCAUUUCAGCAGCCCCUGGACGGUGUUAGCUUUUCUUGGGGCAUUAUUAGCGCUUAUUCUGAGUUUCGUUCAGACUUGGUAUGCAGUGGAUUCUCCCCGCGGCCCCUGCGAUAAGUUCUGUGAAAAAUUCAAUCAAAACUUACGAAAGGGAUGAUCGGUCGACGGUACGGAUAAUUAAUUUGUUCGUGGUUUUCUUUUGCAUCUAUAUCUUCUUAUCUAAAGGAAAUGGCUUCUUUUGCCUCGGACGCGUGGUUGUUUCCGAUUAAUAAAAGAACCAUAGGAGUUCUGUACUUGUCUGUCAUGAUUUUACAUAAGGUAAUUAUUCCUCGUAUGACCAUGUUGUGGUAUUGAUCUGUUUGUUUUGGUUUU